CCGGAGGCGGGUGACGGCCCCGGGGGCUGAGCGCUGCUGCCGACCGGGCGCAUCCCGCUGCCGGCACUACUGAGAGGCCACACCAGCAGAGAGGACAUUGGCGACGGGAGACCACCACCAUGGACAACUUGACAGCCCCCAUAGGGGCGGGGAGAAACUCAUGCACCUUCCAAGAGGAGUUCAAGCAGGUCCUGCUGCCCCUGGUCUACUCCGUGGUGUUCAUGGUGGGGUUGCCCUUGAACGCUGUGGUCAUUGGGCAGAUUUGGGUGGCCCGUAAGGCCCUCAGCCGCACCAUGAUCUACAUGUUGAACCUGGCCACGGCCGACCUGCUCUACGUCUGCUCCCUCCCGCUUCUCAUCUACAACUACACCCAGAAGGACUAUUGGCCUUUUGGGGACUUCACCUGCAAAUUCGUCCGCUUCCAGUUCUACACCAACCUACACGGCAGCAUCCUCUUCCUCACCUGCAUCAGCGUCCAGCGGUACCUGGGCAUCUGCCACCCCUUGGCCUCGUGGCACAAGAAGAAGGGGAAGAAGCUGACGUGGCUGGUGUGUGCCGCCGUGUGGUUCAUCGUCAUCGCCCAGUGCCUGCCCACCUUCGUCUUCGCUUCCACCGGCACCCAAAGGAACCGCACCGUCUGCUACGACCUGAGCCCACCGGAUCUCUCCACUGCCUACUUCCCCUACGGCAUCACCCUCACCGUCACCGGCUUCCUGCUGCCCUUCGUGGCCAUCCUCGCCUGCUACUGCAGCAUGGCCCGGAUCCUGUGCCAGAAGGAUGAGCUGAUGGGCUUGGCGGUGCACAAGAGGAAGGACAAAGCCAUACGGAUGAUCAUCAUCGUGGUCUUCGUCUUCUCCAUCAGCUUCUUCCCCUUCCACCUCACCAAGACCAUCUACCUGAUCGUCCGUUCCUCACCCAGCCUGCCCUGCCCAGAACUGCAGGCGUUUGCCAUCGCCUACAAGUGCACCCGUCCCUUCGCCAGCAUGAACAGUGUCCUCGACCCCAUCCUCUUCUACUUCACCAAACGCAAGUUUCGCGAGAGCACCCGGUACCUCCUUGACAAGAUGAGCUCCAGGUGGCGACAUGACAACUGCGUUACCUACGGCUCCUAGGUGAGGUUGAGGGUCACCUCGCCGACACCAGGACACCCCAAUUGCAUGGAGCGAUUUUGGCUUUAAGCUCCACAGAGCGGAGAUGGCUUCAGCUGGGGACAUGCUAGAGGACAGAAGGAUGGCAUCUCCCAGGCUUUCAGCACUUUCAUCCCAUCUCCAGCCUGCAGCGGUGCAGUAUUAACCCCAUCGUGGCACAGAUCGUGUCCUCUCUCUAGCUUGGUUGCUUGAUUUGAGCAGCUUAGCACCAUGUUUCCUUGGUGUCCAAGCCACCAAUGCAAUAAAAACCACUGGUGGGAUCAUGGAAGACGCAGUGGGACUGUGGAGGACACAGUCCCUGGCUCAGGGAGAGCUGCUGGGGGACGAUUUCCCCCCCUUCUCGUUUAAAGCUUCCCUCCCCAGGUCAUGUGAAGGCUGGGGAGACCUUGGCUCAGCUCGUACCUCUCUGGUGAACAUGGGCCCAUGGGUUUCUCCAGCCCAAGAUCAGUGUCCCAGACAUUUUGGGGGGUAAUACUGGGACAUCCCUAUCCUUCAAUCCCCAGAAUGGGGACAGGCCAGUAAAAGACUUGGGCCCACUGGUGCAAAAUGGUGGGAGAGCAUCCCUGAUCGGACUGGGAGGUGGGAAGGGGGACAUUAGGACUGGAUUUCCAAGUGAUGACCAUGGGCUGGGUUAGACACAAGCCAGCGAUGUGUCACCUGCCUGGGGACCUUCAGCAUCAUCCAGGUCCAGCUCCCUGCUUACCCCAGCACCCCAAAUCUGGCCCAUCGUGGCAUCUUCAACAUCCUGCUGUCACCAGGAUCCACCAAAAUCAGAGCUGGCACACCGGGACAUGAUGCCAGGAGUCAGGAAACCCAUGCCACUGAGCUACUCGAUGUCCUCGGCCAUGUCACCACGUGUUCCACUGUUGGCUUGGCCUCACCACCAACCCCACACCAGGUUGGGGCUUGAGCUUUGCUCCUGCAGCCUCCAGCGGGACGUUGCUUCCUCCUGGCAAGGAGGGAUUUGCUUCCACAGCGCGGGGUGGAUGUACCACUAAUCGCUCUGCGAGUCUUCUUUAACAUAUAGGAUGUAUAGAAUAAACGUGUCGUCGUCGUCGUC